AGCACUGGUUAGCAACGUUCUUCUACUUGUCUACAAAAGCCCUAACAUGCUAGCUAUGACGGGUUUAUUAAUAUACAUUUGUAAAGAUUUGUUAUUUUAUUAAAUAUUAUAGCUUGACGAUAUCUUAACAGCACUGUCAUAGUUGCUAGUUAAAGGAUCCUGUUGUGCCGAUGGUAAAGAUGUCAUUUCAAGAUUCUCCACAUCAGACAGGCGAUGAGGCUUUCUACAUUCAGUGCCGAGCAGCGUACCUGUCGGUCUUUAAAUCUAGUCUGGCAAAUAUAACCUCAAAACAGCAGCUUUGUCAUGUUUUGCAGCAGGCUGGCAGAAAUCCAUCUCAAGCAACUCUCAACAAAUACUGGACUGUAAGAACAUCUAAACUGAACUUUGAUGACUUCUGUGAAAUUCUUAAAAAUGAGAGGAAAACAGAUGAAAAUGAAUUGUUAAAAGCAUUCAAAAAACUAGACGCUAACAGUGAUGGUAUAACACACAGUGAGUUGGAGAAGGCUCUUACAAAUAGAGGUGACAAAAUGACUACUGAGGAGAUCAAUGCUAUUUUUUCAUUAGCUGACAUCAACAAAGAUGGGAAACUAGACUAUACAGAGUUCUGCAGAUUGUUUGUGUCUACGGUGGAGCAGUGUCAGAUGGCUGCUUUGGAGAGACUUGAGGCUGAUGCCAAGUUAAAGAGACAGAACUUCGGCAGCCAGUCUUACAGCCCUCCUAAGAACCCAGGAGCUGUGCUUUCUACUGAACGUCAGGCUCUAGACACAUCUCGAUCAGACACAGACAGCACAGCUAAUAAAGAAAGCCGGUCAUCAUCUCGUCCCUCUUCAGCCCGCAGCAGGCGGUCCUCUCUAUCUAAUGCUAUCAAUAUGACAUCUAGUAUCUCUAAGAUCAGCAAAGUACAAGAACCUUCAAAUUUACAGGACUGGCAACACAGUUUUGUCAGGGGCUGUUUCUUUGUGGAGGAGGAUGGCAGUAUCAGCUCUCUACAGUAUCAACUUCACCUCCCUCAGACUACAGAUGCCUACUUGACUAUUCAACCGGUUUCCCUUAGCAACAGGCCAGACAAGUCCGAUUGGAUGUCAACAGACACUGCUCUUUUUGUCAUGACAUCUAGUGAAAACAAAGAAGAUUCUACUUUAGUUUGUUUUACUGAAUCUAAAGACAAAGAGAAGUAUGUUUGGAGAGGAGAACUGAAUGCAGGGUCUUACCACUUGCUCCCGUUCAGCAGUGGUUGUAGGUUAAAGAAAAGCAACAAGAAAGCCACCACUUUUCAUAAACCCAAAGAGCUUAUAUAUCGAACUGACACAGGAGAGCUAGAUCUGUCUCGAGAACUCAGGGAGGCGAUGUCUGACAUAUUUGAGAUGAUAGACCUAGAUGGAAAUGGUUUGCUCAGUCUGGAUGAAUACAAUUUUUUUGAGCUCAGAACCAGUGGUGAAAAGUGUGACAAAGAUGCCUGGGCAGUCUGUAAAGAAAACUUUGAUAUGAGGAGUAACCAGCUGACAAAGCAGGGAUUUAUGGAGCUAAAUCUAAUGGAGGCUACAGAGAAAGAUGGGGACCCAACUGACUUAUGGGUAAUACUCGAAGCAAUGGGGUACAACCGCAAUCUUGAGCUUGUAGAGGCCUGUCCUUUCCAAAUUGACAUCCUCUGUGAAAGUGCCCAGCCACAGUUGCAUCCAGUUCGGUUAGACUCAGGAAAUAAACUUCUUCACCAAGCUGUCCAUAAGUCUAUAACAGCCAAGGCACAGCCCAAACUUCUGCGAGGGAAUGACAAUAUUUUGAUCUGUACAUAUAAAGGAGAUCAUAGAAUUUCCUCCCUCAUUACCAAUAAGGCCAACCAAAAAGUGACAAUCCAUGUGAACAAUGAACAAAGCAGGAACUGCUGCAGCAGCAGAGGCAUGAAUGUGUUUGCUGUUGAAAUACCUGCCCGCACCAAGAUGGUGUGCCAGCAUGUUCUUCCUAUAAAUGAAAAGCAGGACUGGACUUACAACUGUAUAGAAAGCAUACUACCCAGCAUCUAAUACUGUUUUGAUACUAGUUUUGCCAUGUAUUACUACUUUGCAGCUGGUGGGUCUUAUCAAUAUUCUUUGGGGGCAUGAAGCUAACUGAAGGCACUACUCUCUUAAAAACUCUGUUACUCAAGAUAGACUGAACAUUAGUGUUGAUCACAAGCUCCUGAAAAUGUAUUGUUUAAAUUCAUAUUUAAAUUUUUCUUUAGUUUUUUUUUUGUUUUUUGUUUUUUUUGUCUGUGCUUGCUAAUGUGUGCAUUGUGUCACUAUUGUAACCGCUGAACAUUUCACUAAUAGAUACAUGUAGAACACAGCUAACAAGAUGUCACUGCAAAGUCUCAAUAGUAGUGUAUGAGCUACUUUUUCAUGGCCAUAGUUUUUGUAAUUUUGGUAAUCCGCAUUUAGUCUUAAAUGAACAUGUAUUAUUAUUAUAUUGCUGGAAAACUGUUUAUAACCUAUUUAAGCCAACUAAUGUAUCAGUUUGUUUCAUUUUUGUGAUGGUAGCUGUUACUGAAUUAAAAGCUAUUUUAAUUAUA